AUGAUGGACAUUGAUUUAGGAAGGGACCCUUUGCCAAUCCUGUCGAAUGGAUUCCAGAACGGCUUUCGAUAUUACAUCCAUGGUGUUGACGAAGUUUCAUACUUGUCGCACGAAGGUAUAAGCGUAUCACCAGGCUAUAGUGUCGAUUCUGCUUUGGGUCCAAACAAGGUUGGCGGCGCCAUACUUUUUGUAAUCAAAUGA